UCACGCCAGGACCGGGCCUGAGGUGCUUUCAUAUGCAAAUAGAGAGCGGGCAGGCGGCGGAGCCAAGCCACUUGCUGGGAGCCAGCUGAAGAAGAAGGGGAAGCGGAACAAAGCGGGUGUGUGCGCCGGUGGCGGGCGCAUUAGCGCCUGUUCAGAGAGGGGACGGAACAGAAACCAACACUCUGGCAACGGACUGCACAACAGACAUCAUCCUGGUCGGAUCUCCCGGGACACUUGUGGGCAACGGGAGAUUUUUCCGCCUGGCUGAAUAACUUGAUGAGUUGUGGGGGGCUUUGUGCUUCCGGCAGUCACUCCAGAGGGAAAUAAACCCACCGACAAUGCGCCCGCAGAGGCGUUACCUCCUGGCCAUUCCUCUCCUGGGCGCGAUGGUUUUCGUUGUGCUGCACAAGGGUGAGUUGCACCGGUCAAAAAAAUAUCCCCGGCAAACGAUGUCCCACGAAAGCGACCUGCUGAGUCGAGCCUGUGAUGCAUUAAUCGAACAGGAGAAAGCUUUUGUUUGGGGAAACCUCCUGCAAACCUCUCGAGGGAGUUUUGCCUGCAGUGAGUACUUAAUGCACAAUCACUAUAUAACGAGCCCUCUCUCUGCAGAAGAAGCUUCCUUUCCUUUGGCUUAUAUCAUAACUCUGCAUAAAGAAUUUGAUACGUUUGAGAGGCUCUUCAGGACUAUUUAUAUGCCCCAAAAUGUUUACUGUGUCCACGUGGAUGAGAAGGCAACGGCUCAGUUUAAGCAAGACGUGGAGACAUUGUUGAACUGUUUCCCCAAUGCGUUUCUUGCCUCAAAAAACGAGCCAGUCAUUUAUGCUGGAAUAUCCAGACUUCAGGCGGAUUUGAACUGCAUGAAAGACCUGCUGGAAUCAGGAGUUCGGUGGAAGUAUCUGGUCAACGCGUGUGGACAAGAUUUCCCCUUGAAAACCAACAAGGAAAUAGUUCAGCACCUGAAGAGCUAUAAGGGUAAAAAUAUCACUCCUGGGGUGCUGCCUCCUGCCCAUGUGAUUUCAAGAACCAAAUAUAUCCAUAAGGAGCACAUAGGGACGGACUCCUCUUACAUGAAAAAGACCAAUGUGUUGAAACAGUCCCCACCACACAAUCUGACCGUCUACUUUGGCUCUGCUUAUAUCGCGGUCACAAAGCCAUUUGUCGAGUUCAUUCUCAAUGAUAAACGUGCCAUUGAUUUAUUGGAGUGGUCCAAGGACAGCUACAGUCCAGAUGAACACUUCUGGGUAACACUCAAUCGGAUACCAGAUGUCCCUGGUUCCAUGCCAAAUGCAUCCUGGGAAGGUAACCUGAGAGCUAUCAAGUGGAACGAUAUGGAAAGCUUUCAUGGAGGUUGUCAUGGCCAUUACAUCAGAGGCAUUUGUAUAUAUGGAACAGGUGACCUAAAGUGGCUAUUUAAGUCUACAAGCGUGUUUGCUAACAAGUUUGAACUCAAAACAUACCCACCCACUGUAGAAUGCCUGGAACUGAGGCUUCGAGCGAGAGCACUGAACCAGAGCGAAACGCAGGUGAAACCAAGUUGGUACUUUUAAAUUAACAAUUCAGAAUGGAAAUAAAACUCCAGCGGCAGUAGCUCGGGAAGAAUAACCUUCUCGGAAAGACUUUUCUUCUGGAACUUCAGUACGGGUAGUUUGUAAUGUCUUGAGUGGAAGGUUUGAGUGCAGAUCAUACAACACUGGAGAGACCAAAGAGGAGGCUGAGGAAAUGGUUCUGUUGGCUUUGCUGUAUUUGCACUUUUGGCAGUGUGGCUAGACAGCGCCUUGCUGACUUGUGCCUGGCAAUAAUGUUAUCCCUAUCAUGUUCUGUAUAUUUAUAUGUAAAAAUCACGUAUCCCUACAUUUUCAUACGGCAACAUAAAAUCCAAAGCAUACUAAUGAGGAAGAGUUAUCCUUCUUUGAAGGAAACAACCACCAUCAACAAGAUCUUAAAGUAAAAUCCAGGUGCACAGUUUGAUGACUUCCAUACAUACAGAAACAAGAAUCACUGACAAAAAAAUACCCUAUACACAUUUAGCAGAGGGAAUAGCAUUUGGUAUUUUUGACUCUCUAAAUGCUGGAGUCUGAGCAUGGGGCACAUGGGAAGCAGGAGAAAUGCUUCCAGAUCUUCUGGAUCCCUUCCAAAGCACUCUGGGGGUGGGGAAAGACACCCGGGAUUUAGACAUUUUCAUACUGAUAACUCUGAGCUUUUAAGAAUAACUCAAUCACUCCAUCUUAUCCUGUGAAACAUGCUAAUAGACUGAGUUUUAUUUUCAUAGACUGUAUAUACUUAGCACAGAAAAUCCUGUUAGCUGUUGGUUAUACUGUAUUAAGAUUUUUCCCCCCCCUACAUGCCAGCCACUAGAUAUGUAAGCAGGUCUGUUGUUCCAGCUACACAUGCAAAGCUCCCUGAAGACAACUGAAAGUCUCAAUAGACCAGCCAGGACAUUGCCUGGUAUGCAGCAAACAGACCAAAAAAAGAAAAAAAAAAAGAAAAAAAAGAAAAGAACAACUCAUACAUGCACACACAAAAAAGCCACAACAACUCCACAGCUAGAAUUUUCAAAAAUAUUUUAAGUCUCCCAAACAUGAUGGAUAGUACAUACAGUUUUCACGCUAAUGUUCCCCACUCUGAGGAACACCCUAUUUUUCUGGAAAAGUCAAAGGAAAACAAAGCAAAAAACACAAAAUAAAGCUACAGUUGUGGGCACCUCUUCCUUUAGUUGUGGAAGAUAGUAUGUAUGCCAAAUUCUGGGCACAUAAUACUAAGGAAUUGCAGACUGUGCCAUCAAAAAGGCAUUCAAAUAGACUAUUUUCAGGGCAGAAACUUGGACUGAAUUCCUGUUCAACUUUGCUAAUGGAAGAGUUUCCUGACAGCAAAGCUGGCACAGCAAGCAGCCUGUGGAAGCUACAGAAAGAGUAAGAAGAGAGACAGAUGGGGCAGUAGAAUGAUUUUUCAAAAAAGUGACCAGUAAUUUGGGAGGUGGGAGGGGGCCUUCACUUUUGGCUGCCCAAUUUGAGACUCUUUAAAGGGGCCUGAGUUUUUAGAAGACACGGGCUCAGCUUUUUCCAGCAGUGAUCUCUCAAGUUGGGCACCCAGAAAUGGAGACACGCAAAGCUGAAAGUCACUUUUGAAAAUGUAGGCCAAGAUUUUAAAGGGAAGGGAUCCUAACAACCUGAUCAGAAUAAUGGAAGUACCACAACGUGCAAAGAGGGCCGGAAGUAGAAGUGGACUGUCCCACACUGAGAACCAGAGGCAAAUAAGGGAUAAUAAAACCAACAAGAGCAGAAGCAGCAAGUCCAGCAAUUUAAGAGACCAACAACAGGACAUUUUGUACUGAAUUCUCUUAAAAUGAGCAGGACCAAGUGGAUCCAGUCUUG